UUGCCAUACCAGCAACUACACGAAAUGUCCAAGUGGAAUCUUUUGGUAGUAGUUAUUUUUGUACUAGUGCCACGUAAGCACAGUCUUGAUAAAAAUGAUUCAUCGGACGUUAUAAAAGUCAGAUCGCCCUUUGAUCAUUUUGCCUAUAUACCUGACUUCGUGCCCACUGUUGCGCCUCCCCGUCCCCGUCCUUCACCUACUACUGCUCCUCCAACUCCAAAUCCUUUGCUUGUUCCAUAUCCAUAUCCCUAUCCUUAUCCGUACCCUGCAUAUCCAUGGCAUCCAUCAAACGGAAAGUAUCCACACUACCCACCAAAUGGAGCGAUUCCAAACUAUCCACCGAAUGGAGCGAUUCCAAACUUUCCACCGAAUGGAGCGAUUCCAAACUUUCCACCGAAUGGAGCGAUUCCAAACUACCCACCGAAAGGAACUUUCCCUGGGUAUCCACCAAACGGAACCUAUCCAAGCUUUCCACAUCCACCAAAUGGAAAAUAUCCACCAUUUGGAACGUUCCCUGGGUAUCCACCAAACGGAACCUAUCCAAGCUUUCCACAUCCACCAAAUGGAAAAUAUCCACCAUUUGGAACGUUCCCUGGGUAUCCACCAAACGGAACCUAUCCAAGCUUUCCACAUCCACCAAAUGGAAAAUAUCCACCAUUUGGAUUACCCCCAGGUGGGAUUCCACCAAGACCGGCGAUUCCCUCAUUCUCACAUCCAAACUUACCUCCACCCGCACGCUGGCCUUCACCUCAACCCGUGAAUAUCAAUAUAAAUGAAAUAAUAUUUGGUAAGAAAGGACGCAAAGGCCGCAAUUAAAAAUCGGAUGAAAUUCCGAAAGGUUCUAUCAAUGUUUCCUUCAAAAACCAAUAAUAAGUAAUGUUCUAGGCUGUAUAAAAGACUGGAAUGUAUAUGAAAAGGAA